UCGAAUAUUGAUCAGUGCGUCAUAUAUGAUAGGAUCAUAAGCUAUCACUGUGCCAAAUUUGUUGCUUGUACCACAUUCUGGGCAAUUUUUCACCAUUCUGCCCCCCGGGGACUAAUGGUUUAUCUCUGACAUUAUAUAGUGUGUGGCAUGAAGUAUCUCGUAAUACUGUUGAAACAAUAUGGCAGAGUUAAAUGAAUUAAAUUUGAAAGAAACGUUCCAACACGCUUUCAACACAUUUAAAAUGAUAGAAAGAAAUGAUAUGCCUGGAAACCCGACGGAAAUACAGGAUUCUAUUUGUGAAUCGAUCGAUUGCUUUAGAAAAGCAAUUGAAAUGAUUAAUGAUCUGGUUUUGUUCAGUAACAAUGAAGAACUCGAUGAGGUGUCAACCACAAAUCUUAGGUAUCUCUUAGUGCCUGCAUUACUUGGGGAGCUAUAUCUUAAACUUCGUUUUGAUAAUCGUCUGGAAGUUGUUAUGAUGUCUAAGGUGUAUUUUUUGAAUUUUUUGGAAAGAUGCAAAAUGUAUCAUUUGAUAAAACAGGAUGGAGAUGCAAACAUUCAAUCUGCAGUGACGUCGUGCAUCAAUGUUAAAAAGAGUCUAGAAGAGUUAGCAAUUGAAAGACAAGCUAAAAUUAAACGAUACAAAAGAAUGAAAGAACAAGAAAAACAGAUUAAUGAAAUAAGUAAUGCACUUGAAAGUUGGUCUGGAUCGAAUGAAGAAGAAGAGAUUCAGAGGAAAUUGACAAUUGUGUUACUAGAAAACUGGAUUGAUCGUUCUUUUGAAAAUCUUUCUGCCAUAAACAGUGAAAUGCAAAUAUUAGAACACAUGGCUAAAAUGAAGGAAAUUGAUAGCACCACGUUAAAAACUGACGUUUUGGAGGAAAAAGAAAAAAAGUUAUUUUCAAGGCCGGUGCUUAUAACCAGACAAAUAAUCCAGAAUAAAGUGUUUGGACCAGGCUAUCCUAGCUUACCAACUAUGACUCAAGAAGAAUAUUUUGAAAAAGAAUUACGAGAAGGAAAGAUUGUAACAGAAUACAGUGAUAAAUCGAAGCAAAUGGAAAGCGAGAACUCCAAGGAUUUUGAAAAAAAUACAACAGAUGACGCCGAGGAUGAAGAAUAUUUGAAAAAAUUGGCGAAGGAUCGAGAAUGGGAUGACUGGAAGGAUGAUCAUCGUCGUGGUUGGGGUAAUCGAGCAAAUACAGGAUGAACACGUUUCAUGAUAACGAACUGAUGCCAUUAACUUCAUUUUCGAGAAGAAACGUUGCAACACUUUCCAUAAGUUGUUCCGAUGAUUUCGUGAAUAGUUUCUCGUAUAAGAAGACGUUCUUUGACGAUAAACACGCGCUAUUGAUUUCAUUCUACUUGGUCAGCAGUGAGUUUUUCUUCUGAAUGUCGCCACUUUGACAUCAGUUGUCAACGAAACCUUUUCUUUUAUCAAUUCAUGACCUACGUCAAAAGUAAAUUAUAAUUAAGGUGUUUACAAACAUGAUAAAAAAAUAGUGAACUCCCAAGUGUAAAUAUUCUGGUAUUCAAAAUAUAAAUUUUCUUCUCGUCCUGA